GGUACUGUUAGUCUACAAAGGCUUUAAUGGAACUAGAAAUGCAAUAAAGCCGAGCGGAUGGGGCACAGAAUUAAAUGCUGGCAUCUGGAACCUUUAAACAGAGCAUCAGUAUAUUAACUGUAUUGGAGGUAGUGGCUUUUCGAAGUCCCUGGCUAUUUCAGUGCUAUAGAGCAGUAAAAUGUUUGCAAAACUGAAGAAGAAGAUAGCAGAAGAGGCGGCUAUUGCUCCCAGGCCAGGAGGAGCUGCCAGGAUACCCAGGUCUGUCAGUAAGGAGUCGAUUACGUCUGUGGGAGCAGACUCCGGAGAUGACUUUGCUUCUGAUGGAAGCAGCUCUAGGGAGGAUCUCUCAUCCCAGUUGUUCAGAAGAAAUGAACAAAUAAGAAAACUGGAGGUCAAGCUCUCUGAUUAUGCUGAUCAGAUCCGAAACUUGCAGAAGAUAAAAGAGAAGCUUGAAAAUGCAUUAGAAAAGCAUCAGGAUUCCUCCAUGAGGAAGUUUCAGGAGCAGAAUGAAGCUCACCAGGCCAGUCGAGCCAAGAUGGCCGAAGGAAUGGCUUUGGCUUUGGAAAAGAAGGACCAGGAGUGGAUGGAAAAACUUGGUCAGGUUGAAAAGGAAAAAAAAAUGCUUGAAACGCAGUUGAAAGAAAUGAGAGAGCAGAGUUUGAAUCUUUUCCAAAAAAGAGAUGAAAUGGAUGAACUGGAGGGCUUUCAGCAGCAGGAAAUUGCCAAAGUUAAACACAUGCUUUUGAAAAAGGAAGAAUCACUGAGCAAAGCAGAGCAGGAGCUAGAGGUGUGCACUCGAGAGCUGACCCGCACUAAGGAGAUGCUUCAGGACACAAGCAGCGAGUCGUCCGGCCUCAGGAAAGAUCUUGGAGAGUUGCAGCAACAGUUCUUGGAGCUGGAGGCACAGAGAGAUGAACUCAUGACAGCCGAGACAAAUGCAGAAAGUAAGAUCACUGCUCUGGAGUUCAGAGAACAGGAGCUACAAACUGUCAUUCAGCAGCUUUCGGUAGACCUGCAAAAUGCUCGAGUUGCUGGUUCUGGUUGUGAGAAGAGGCUGGAAAUGCUACAGGUGGAGCACGAAUCUCUGAAAGUGGAAUAUGAACAGCACAAGCAAAAGGUGACUUUUGAAUUUGCUGAGAGAAACAAGCUUACUGAACAGCUGCAGGAGAAAGUGUCUGCCUUGGAAAAGAAGCUAGAAAGAAAUCUUUCAGGGGAUGAACACGUGCAGGAGCUACUCAAGGAGAAAGCUACUCUUGAGCAGCAACUGGAUGAAACCAGGCAGCAGGUACUAAUGGACAGAACACAUCACGCUGAGACAGUGAACCGAUUGGAAACACAGAAUAAAGAACUGGAACAAAAACUACAGAGUGCCACAGAAACAUUGAAAAACAGCAAAGAAGUAGCUGCUGAGCAGGAUCUGAAAAUCCAGAAGUUGCACACUGAUCUGGAGGAUGAAAGAAGUAAACUGCAGCAGCAGAUUUUAAGUGAGAAACAUCAGUAUGACCAGAAAGUUACUGGGCUGGAGUCUCAAAUUGCUGCUCUUGAAACAGCUUGGGAAUUUGAUAAAACGGCUACUCAGCACAAGAUUAGCCAGUUGGAAAAGGAAAAUGAAAAUCUUAAUGGAAGCAGAGAAGAGUAUGAGAGCGCUCUAAAAAACCAGGAGUCUGAAUUGAACAGGCUGAAGAAUGAGUUGAGCAGCAGAGAGACCGUCAGCGUGGAAAUUGCCAAAGCACUGGAAGAAACACGAAAACACAGAGAGGAAUUACAACAGCAGGUUUCACAUCUGGCUUCCUUAAUAAAGGAAAAGGAUCAGCUGAUUGAUGAAAAAAGUGAUCUGCUUCUGAAACAGAAGGAAGAACUGAACCAGCUCAGUCAAGAUCGUGAAGCUGUCUUGCUGCAGACGCGGCAGUUGCAGUCUGACAUAGAAGCGAGCAAUUCCCGGGCAGCGGAGAAAGAAGAAAUGGCCAGGAAGGAGAUUGAAGAACUGAAGUUGCAGAUACAGGAGUGUCUGUUGGCCAGGGAGCAGGAGAAAAACGUUUCAGAACUAGAGGAAUCGACGAAAACCUUGAACACGCAUUUGCAGUCUCCAGAAAACCGUGUGGCGGAACAGAAUGGAGAGGUAGCAGCUGCGGAUGUCCUUCAGCUUCAGAAGGAUAACAGAGAGCUGGAACAGCAAAUUGCAGAGAAAAACAAGGUGAUCAAGCAGCUGCAGCAAAGAAUGACAGAACUCAAGAAAACCCUCCAGAAGGAGCUGAAAAUAAGGCCUGACAGUGAGAUACCUGAAGUACGUGAAAAAGCAAAUUCUGAAGUGCCUAAUCCUUCUGUGACUGUCACAAACAACUCUGAUUUAAAUGACUCAAGGGAGAUCAACUUUGAAUACCUUAAACAUGUUGUACUAAAAUUCAUGUCCUGCCGGGAAUCUGAGGCAUUCCAUCUAAUUAAAGCUGUCUCCGUGUUACUGAACUUCUCACAAGAGGAAGAAAACAUGCUUAAAGAAACUCUGGAGUACAAGAUGUCGUGGUUCGGGUCGAAGCCAGCUCCGAAGGGCAGUAUCCGGCCGUCUAUCUCGAGCCCAAGGACGCUGUGGCCUUAA